AUAUUGUUAUUGAAAGCUAAUUUGUGUUAUUUUUAGGUAACCUGAUCAGUCUGGAUAGUAUUCACCCGUUUUGGAAGACACUUAUUAUUCUCGGCGGUGGGAUGGACACAUCUGCACAGGCUGAUUAUGCUGAUUUUCGGUCGGAGGAUCAUCAGUAUUUUCACGAGAUCGCUGAGGAGGUCAUGGCUAAGGAUCCUUCAAUGUUGCAUGAUAUUUCUCGUAUUUUUCGCGAGCGACUUCACCCCGAAGACUUAAGUUAUAGGGAACCAGAAGUGAAGACCAAUGUCAGAGGUCGACAAAAGGGGAGCAAAUCAACCAAGCGGGAUCCGAGUCGUUUUGAGUACAAGGACCGUGAACGUGGUCGUCCUAAGUCUUUCCAAGGUCAUCAAAACCCUACUUCCACGUCAGCUGGUUCGCAAAAUGCCGAGGUUAUUCCGAGAUUCAUUUUGCCAUUCGUUCAAGAACUUGUGGACGUGCGUGGGGACGGCAACUGUGGAUUCCGCGUCGUGGCGGACUACAUAUAUGGUGACCAGGAGAUGUGAGGACUGACUAGAAUGAACAUUGCAAACGAACUUGUCGCCCACCCUAUAUGAGGGUCUUUGCGUUGAUGGGUUAGAAGCGGCCAUUACACGUAUUAGUUGGGAAGGGGGAUCCUGCGACCCUCGCCACUGGAUGCAGGUAUUGGAUGACUUGUUCCCUAUUACCACUUUCUUCAAUGCAGCUGUUAUUUACAUAGAAGGCGGGACACUACCAGAGACGCGGUUUGGUUCCUGUACUGUUCUGCCUCUGCAUUCCUCUGAGGUCCACUCACUACCAUUGAUAGAGAUAGUGAUAAUGUAUAUUAGUCGGCGUGCUCACUUUGUUAGGUUGAAUUUACGUGAUAAUUUCCCUGUUCCACCUUGUGGUUCGACCACCGGGACCGUACUAUUGCGUCUUGGCAUACUUUAUGUGGUAGUAGGAGAGAUAAAUGAGAUAGAUUGAUAGAUCUGACAGAUUGAGUUGGUUGUAAAAUUUUAAU